UAGUGCAGUUUCACUGCUUUCACUCUUUCAUCAUGCAGCACUCCAGGGCUCUUGCUCGGCUGUACAAUCCAGGACGCUGCUACAAGCAGGGAGCCCGGUUAUACUCCACAAACAGUCCAUUUGCAUCUUUUAUUUCAGAUGUAAAUAUCCCAGAGUCAGUAACAGCUUCGGUAGAAGCAUCGCGGAGUGCCCCGAGACUUAGUUCAUUGGGAGACAUAGAAAUUCCUUCUAUCGCUCCAUCAUCUAUCAGUUCUCUGUUUGCUGCACGUGCUGCUCAGAGGCAGAAGAGGCAGCUUGCUGAAGCUGCGCCCAAAAAGAUUGAAGCUAAAGUUGUAAACACACCGAGGCCAACCUCGUUACUAUCUAGAAGGUCUCAAAUACAGCAGAAAGAGGAAGAGAGACGUCCCAAUGAUGGACCUUCGAACCCGCGGACUGACGCUCACCCUCGUUCGAGACGACCCUUUCCUACGGAGACUAGGUCAGCACCAUCAGAAAUGCGCACAGACCGGCGGAGGGAAAUUCCAAGGGCUGCAAGACCAAGCCGUGUCUUUAAGCCCGUCAAGGAUCUUAAUGAAGCCGACACACCAGCUCCGCGACCAUUGCAUGUCAGCUUCAACAACACCAACUUGUCGGAGCUGUUCAGUUCACCGGCUCUCGUUCCCUAUGUCGCUCAGCCAUCAAUUGCCCAGUCACGCAUUGACUCCCGGGUGCAACUUUUGAAAGAACGCGCCGGCGAUUACUCGCGUUAUCUUCCAGGGGAUAUUGAUCCUACAGCACAGACGCCAGGGUCAGCAGAUUACGCGAAGUUAAUUUUGGGUCGUAGGAGAGAAGUUGGAUUAAGGCCAAAGCGCGCCGCUGUGGAACUCAUGCAUCAAGCAGGACUCAGUUCUACGUCAGUCUCUGCGGUUCCAUCGCGACUUUGAUUAGCUUCGUUCAUACUGAAAUUUGUUCCAUCGAAGCGAAGAAAAACAUGACCACUACUAAAUACAUGC